CCAUUUACUCUUUGAGUAUUAUUAAAAUAGUGUGAUGCUAUUUUAGCCAAAUUCCUAAUUCUAUAUCUUAAGAGUGGUUAUCUUAAGUGUGAGUUUUAGGUUCUAGAUAUUUGAUUAAGUGUGUAAUAUCUUAAUUGAAUUCUAGAUUCAAACCCCAAGUUAGGAUAAGAGUGUGUAAUAUCUCCUAACACCAACUUUGUUUUAUCCAUCCGUGAUAUUUCUUCCAUUUCAAAUCCCUCCAUUUCUCCUUAAUCCUAUUCUUUUUCUUCCAUAAAAUACCAAAAAAGAACUCCUAAAACACCCUCCAUACUUUCGCCCACUAUUUCCCUUGCAUUUUCCUCUGCACAUCCGCCACUAAAUUAUCAACUUGAUAAGACCCCCGGUUUACCCCUAACAUCUGGUAUCAGAGCUUUGUGUUGAACAUCCCUAAGGGAUCAUCUAAACACGCCUUCCUCAUCUCUUUUGUUACUGUCAACUGUACACUCUUCAAGCCAUAUAUCCACUAUGCCAAGCUCUCCUCAAAACAUGUUUCAAGUGGAGAUUCCCACGUUUGAGGGAAGAAACGACCCGGAGAAGUUCUCAAAGUGGCUAGCAAAAGUUGAAGACGUCUUUACACUCAAAGACGUGCCCGAAGACAAGAAGGUCAAGCUAGUGGUGGCAAAGUUUCAAACACAUGCCUCUACAUGGUGGGCUAGCGUUGCUUCAAAACGAAAGCUCCAAGGAAAGGCUAAGAAUCCUGAUAGCUUCCCUUGUCAAGAGAUUGCUUGUUAUACUGUUGAUGAGCAUUUGAAACCAUUGGUUGAAAGGGAAGAAGAUAAAUCAUACUCAUCGGGACUUAAGGAACCACUAGAUGAUGUGAAGGCUCAAACCCAUGAAGAAUAUGAGCUCAUGAUCAUGGAUAGGCCAUUGAGCAGUUGGGCUAAUCAAAAGGAGCUUGGAAUCAAACCCCUUGUGAAAUCGUGUUCCAUUGAGUGGCUCAACCCUGGAAGAGAACUACAAGUGGAAUUACGUAGAUUUUCUUUAUUUCAUAUUGACAUGCCAUGGACACCUAAUUUUGUGGAUUCAUUGAGAAAAGAGGCUUCGGCAUGUUUACUCCUACCCGUGUCCACGCCUCACCAAGGGAUAGAACCACGGGCUCAUCUCAGUUUAGGUGAAAACAAACCCAAUGGUGAAUUAAAGAAGAAGGAUGUUGCUGCCACCAAAGAUGAGGUCUUAAGCUAUGGCUUAACUAGCUUAAACAUGCGAGUUGAUAAGAAGAAAUUUCAAUGUGGAGCUAUGAGCCAAGAUGUGGAAGCCUCGCCUCAAAAGCUAUCUUCACUGACGGUACCUCGUGCCAAGUUUGUUAAGUUUUUGCAGGUUCCAAGUAAAGAAGGAAUACGAGAAACAUCCGAGUUUUAUUAUAAGACUCUUGAAAAGCUUGAGAAGAAAAACCAUAUGGCCAUUGUAACAUAUCUUUGAAUAUUGAAAACCAUUUACUCUUUGAGUAUUAUUAAAAUAGUGUGAUGCUAUUUUAGCCAAAUUCCUAAUUCUAUAUCUUAAGAGUGGUUAUCUUAAGUGUGAGUUUUAGGUUCUAGAUAUUUGAUUAAGUGUGUAAUAUCUUAAUUGAAUUCUAGAUUCAAACCCCAAACUAUGGAUCGCGACCCAUUUAAAAAAUAUUUUCAGAGUAAUGCGGAAGUACAAUAAUAAUCAAAUCAUGACACAUUUAAAAUUUUGAUGAUCAACAUUUGCCUGUCAUCCUUGCAUCUCCUCUGACUCAAUGCCCUCCGGGAGUGGUUCCAUCAUUGUCUUCUUGUUACCUACGUGUAGUCAACGAAAAAUACAAACUACACGCUCAGCGAAACCGCUGAGUGGUACCAUGCUAGAAUUGUAGAAUGAUUCUCAGACAUAUACAUAUACAUAUAUAUACGUCCACAAAAUGUAUAGUAACAUUCAUGAUAUGACACAUAUUAUCAUAUGGUCAAUUUGAUGAAUCAUGAUGAUAAAUAUUUAAUCAUAAUUACCUGAUGGCAUAUUUAAUCGAUAUAAUUAUUCUUGAUGAUGAUUACAUGACACCUAUGUAAUCAAUAUAAUUGUUCUUGAUGAUGAUUACAUGACACCUAUGUAAUCAAUGUACUUGAUGAUGAUAACAUGAUUUCACAUUUAAUCAAUUUGAUUGUUCUUGAUGAUGAUUACAUGACACCUAUGUAAUCAAUGUACUUGAUGAUG